GUCAUUUGCAAAGUGCCACUCCCAAUUCUCCUCAUCUCUUCUUCACUCUCUCAAUUUCUUUAAUAUAAUUAUUUAAUAAUAUUUCCAAAAUGCCAGGAAUUGCAUUUGGUCGUUUUGAUGACUCCUUUAGCUUUGGCUCCAUCAAAGCCUACAUUGCAGAGUUCAUCUCCACCCUCCUCUUUGUCUUCGCCGGCGUCGGCUCCGCCAUCGCAUACGGCAAGUUGACGGCAGACGCCGCCCUAGAUCCGGCGGGUCUUGUUGCAGUGGCAGUUUGCCAUGGAUUUGCACUCUUCGUAGCCGUUGCUAUCGCCGCUAACAUCUCCGGAGGCCACGUCAACCCAGCUGUCACCUUCGGAUUGGCUGUUGGUGGUCAGAUCACCAUCCUAACCGGAAUCAUUUACUGGAUUGCACAACUAGUUGGCUCCGUCGCCGCAUGCUACCUUCUCAGUUUCGUCACCGGAGGACUGGCAGUGCCUAUACAUGGUGUUGCUGCCGGAGUUGGAGCGAUUCAAGGAGUUGUGAUGGAGAUCGUUAUCACAUUUGCGUUGGUUUACACAGUAUACGCCACUGCCUGUGAUCCAAAGAAGGGCUCAUUGGGAACAAUUGCACCCAUGGCCAUUGGAUUCAUUGUGGGUGCCAACAUUUUGGCAGCCGGUGCAUUCUCUGGUGGAUCAAUGAACCCUGCCAGAUCUUUUGGACCUGCAGUGGCCAGUGGAGAUUUCUCUGGCCACUGGAUCUACUGGGUUGGACCACUUAUCGGAGGUGGCCUAGCGGGACUCAUUUACCCUAACGUGUUCAUGAAUCACGACCAUGCCCCCCUUUCAAGCGAGUUUUAAAUUUCUUGUGAAUCAUUUUUAUUUGUGAUUGUAAUAAAAGGAAGGAAAACAAUUUAUUUGUUUUUCUUUCUUUUUAUCUUAUUUUAUUUAUGAGGAGUUCAUUGAAUUUGGUUC